AUGGAAACCGUUGUUGAUAUAAGCGGUUGUGCCGCCAAGGACACUGUUAAAUUCGUGUCCCAAUCCUUCAAGGAGGAUGCUCUGACUUGGUGGAAGGCACUAAUCCAAUCCACUGCCAAGGUUGAAAUGUACAACCUGAGUUGGUCAAAGUUCGUGGAAUUGAUCCACGAGACUUAUUGCCCACCUCACGAGGUGGAGAAAGUUGAAACUGAUUUUCUAAAGCUGACCAUGAAAGGCCUCGAGUGUCGAGCCUAUUUGUCUGAUUACAACUCCUUAUCAAGACUCGUGCCAUACUUAAUCACCCCCGAGUCUAAGUGCAUUGCGCAGUUUAUUGUAGGACUCGCUCCAGAAAUCAAGGGGAUGGUUAAAUCCUCCAAACCUGCUACUUAUAGAUCCGCUGUGGAUCUGGCUCUUUCUCUCACUGAAUAUGAAAUAAGAGCAUGGGCGAGUAAAGCCGAGGAGGAUCAUAAGCGAAAGCAUGAUAAUACCCUAAGUAAAGAUUUCAAAAAGGGUAAGACUGGUUCGAAUUAUAACCAGUCCAAGCUGAAUGAGGCGAAACCCAAAUGUAAAACCUGCGGGAAGCGACACUUCGGAAAAUGUCUCCGUGAGCAGAACAAGGGUUGUGGCAUCUGUAAAGUGUUGGACCACAAGUCCCAUGAAUGCAAAGAGUUGAAAGACGCCACGUGUUAUGAAUGUGGCAAGAAAGGGCAUAUAAAGACCCGCUGCCCAAAGAGGGCGACUGACGGGAAGAACAUAGCCAUUGAUGGCAAUAAAGGCAAUGCUUGA